CCUGCAGUAUGAGUGCAGGUGAUUACAGGUUUCUAGGAGCGUGCGCAUCCACUCAGCUGAGCGGCGAGGAACGUCCUGCGUGGGCGUCAUGUUGGGAAACCUCUCUGUGUGAACGCGGCGGUGAGGACCUAAGAGGGUUACAGAGUCCCGAGGUUCGCUCGGUGCCUGCAGAGUCACAGCAGCCUGGAUGUGGGCCACCUCGAGCCUCCGCCUGCAGCCUGAUCGUCUUCUGUGUGGUUUCCUGUCCUGAGCAGGGUCGGAGGACUGCAGACCACCUUUAACAAGCAGCGCAUCGGGCCUCGGUCUCCUCCGCCAUGGGGAACCACGGCUCGAGUCUGGAUGACAUCCUGGCUGAGGACAUGCACCACUGGUACAACAAGUUCAUGAAGGAGUCCCCGUCGGGCCUCAUCACGCUGUUCGAGCUGAAGGCCAUACUCAACCUGAAGGGCAUGAACGAGGACGCCAACCGCUAUGUGGAGCAGGUCUUCUUCACCUUCGACAUGGACGGGGACGGCUACAUUAACUUUGUGGAGUACAUCGCAGCCAUCAGCCUGAUGCUGAAGGGAGAAAUCAACCAGAAACUGAAGUGGUACUUCAAACUGUUCGACCAGGACGGCAACGGAAAGAUCGACAAGGAAGAGCUGGAGACCAUCUUCACGGCCAUCCAAGACAUCACACGGAACAAAGACAUCGACCCCGAGGAAAUCGUCUCGCUCAUAUUUGAGAGGAUUGAUGUAAAAGGUGAAGGCGAGCUGACCCUGGAGGAGUUCAUCGAGGGAGCCAAAGACCACGAAGAUAUCAUGGACAUGCUGAACACCCUGAUGGACCUGACGCCGGUCUUAUUGAUCAUUAUUGAGGGCCGGACGGGGAACAACCAAUGAGAGAAAUGUGGAAGCAGUGAGCUGUGAUUGGCCAUUUGGACAGAUUUAACAUUACACAGUGAAAGCCUGGCUGAUUUUCAUGUGAAGAAGGUCAUGAUGGACUCUGUGAGCUGCAUCUGCCAAUCACCUCCAGCUGUAGGUCCCCCCACCCACAGCCUCCGCACCAGGAGUUUGGUGCCACACUGGUGCCACCUAGUCUUUUUCUUGGAACCAACACCACCACAGUGGAAACAAGGGCCUCAUAUUCCUUUGCCAUAGAGAACCUCAUUUCAUCCAACAUUUUGCCAAUUUCUACUUCAACUAUUUGGAAAAUGUGUCGCACUGAUGCUGGACUCAGAAUCAGAAAGUUGAGAUGAUACCUGAAGCUCAGUUUUAACAGCAACAUUAAUAAAAACAACUACCAAAAAUAGUAAUAACAAUAAUAACUAAUAGUAAUAACUCUUCAAAUUACU